GUGUGUGACUCUGACACCAUGCUGGAUCCAGCAUCAUCGGUGGAGAUGGUGAAAGUUCUAGAAGAAGACCCCAUGGUGGGAGGUGGAGGAGAUGUUCAGAUCCUCAAUAAAUACGAGUCAUGGAUCUCCUUCCUGAGCAGUGUACGGUACUGGAUGGCUUUCAACAUCGAGCGGGCGUGUCAGUCCUAUUUUGGCUGUGUGCAGUGCAUCAGCGGACCUCUGGGAAUGUAUCGGAACUCCCUCCUGCACGAGUUCCUGGAGGACUGGUACAAUCAGACCUUUAUGGGAUCCCAUUGUAGCUUUGGCGAUGAUCGCCACCUCACAAACAGAGUCCUGAGCCUCGGUUAUUCGACUAAAUACACAGCACGGUCAAAGUGCCUCACCGAGACGCCGAUUACGUAUCUGCGCUGGCUCAACCAGCAGACUCGAUGGAGUAAGUCUUAUUUCAGAGAAUGGCUUUACAACUCCCUGUGGUUCCACAAACAUCACCUGUGGAUGACAUAUGCUGUUAUCACAGGGUUCUUCCCCUUCUUCCUCAUCGCCACUGCAAUACAACUCUUCUACCAAGGAAGGCUCUGGAAUAUUCUGCUAUUUCUGCUCAUUGUGCAGGGUGGCACUAUCAAGUCGUCCUUCGCCAGUUGCCUCAGAGGUAACAUUGUCAUGGUGUUCAUGUCCUUCUACUCUGUAUUGUACAUGUCAAGCUUGUUACCGGCUAAAAUGUUUGCAAUAGCAACAAUCAACAAGUCUGGAUGGGGAACGUCCGGGAGGAAAACAAUUGUGGUCAACUUCAUUGGUCUGAUUCCUAUAUCGGUUUGGUUUACCAUCCUCUUCAUUGGGAUUAUCUACACAGCAGUUCAGCAGACGAGGACACCAUUUCCUGAUGCCGAAAAGAUUGUCCUGAUCGUUGGGGCAGUUGUAUACGCCAGUUACUGGGUCAUACUAUUGACGUUGUAUACUGUGCUCAUCAGUAAAUGUGGGCGGAGGAAGAAGGAGACGGACUACGAUAUGGUGAUGGAUGUAUGAUCCACAGGUCAUCAUUUGUACUGGAUUCUGGUUUUGGGUUACUUUUGCUCACACCUUGACGUUUUUUUAAAUGCUAAGCAGCUCUGGGGCCCAUUCUCCACGUUCGACCACUGUUAACUGGAUUGAUUUGUUGACCAUUUGGCGUGAUCUAGGAUUUCUCGGUUCUUCGAAGCAGUUGUUCAAUUGGUUGUCACAGCAACAUAUCUGUAAGGUCAAACCUACUCGGGAACAGGUUUAUUCACUGUAAACAGGAUGAGAUGAUGGACAUCAGUGGUGUUAUUUUAGGAAUAUGCCAUUCCUGUGGGAGACACCGGAUGU